AUGCAGCAAUUUAAGGCUCAUUCGCAAUUAUCCAAUUAAGACUUUGGAAAGAUCAAACUGAAAAGCAUAGGCUUUGACAUAGUAGUUUUUGAGAUUAAUAAAAUAUCCUAUUUUAUUUAAAUAUAAAUUCUCCAGAUUCAAUUCUUAUGUAUCCAAGUAAUAAUAAUAAGCACCAUGACCAAUAUUUCUGUUCACUUAAAAAUGGCUUAAAACCAAAAAGUAGGUAUUUCAAUCAUAUACUAGUAAGUUGCUAUUAGUUUUUAUUGUAGGGUAUAAACUUUUCUUACAAAUUACUUAAACCUUAUGCUUUCUCCUAGAAUGCACUAAGUACUUUUUAACUCUCAUAUUUUAGCAAAAUUAAAAUUAAGAAAGGACGAAUUGAAAUAGAAUUUCUUUGAAUUUAUAAUUUUUAACCAUAAAUUUGCAUACCUAAAGUUAGGAGUCCAUUACAGUCACACCCAACUCUAUGCUUUAUCUCAUUCUAUUAAUAGACUCAAACUACGACUAUACAAAAUUUUACUUUAGCCUCAUCGUAAAGGGAAAUUAUUGAGAGCACAGUUUAAAAUUGAGAAUAUAGACUUUAGUAAGUAAACUUACAAGGAAUUCUUUUGA